UUGGACUCCGGGAGGGGGCUCAGGGCGGGCCGUGGGCACUGCGGCCGCCACGCUGGACUCCGCCGCCCCGCGGGCAGAGGGGCGGUCGCGCUCUCCCGCGAGUGGGCUUUCGGACUCUGCGGCUCCCUGCGCGCGGCAGCUCGGCGACCUUCCCCGGCCGGCAGUGCGCGGCCCAAGCCGACCCCGGGCGUCGGUGGGUCUUAGGGCCUUGCAGCCUCCGACCCCUGCCCGUCUACAGCCCCAUCCGUGCGCCAGGCGUCGGGGAGCCGACGGCCCAGGGAACCCUGUUUUACCUCGGAACCCUCUUUUCCUUCGGUACUUGAGGGGAUUCGCGGUACCGACCGACGGGGAAUCCAUAUGACCUGAAAAAUGUCUGAAAAUUCCAGUGACAGUGAUUCAUCUUGUGGUUGGACUGUCAUCAAUCAUGAGGGAUCUGAUGUAGAGAUGGUGAAUUCUGUCACAGCCAGUGACAGCCGUGAGCUCACCCCAGAAUACUCAUCUUUAGGGCAAGAGGAAUUACACGUACUGCAGAUAGAGCAGGGAGAAAGCAGCCAAGAUGGCAUAUUAUCAGUUGAAGAAACUCCUUAUCCAGCUUUGGAAGAAACCAAGUCAGCAAUUGAGGCAAAGGAAGCAAAAUCACCUGAAGACAAUGUCUAUUUUGGAACUGCUAGUGAUGAUUCUGAUAUUGUUACCCUUGAGCCACCUAAGUUAGAAGAAAUUGGAAGUCAAGAAGUUGUUCUUGUUAAAGAAGCACACAGCUCAGAUGGCUUUAAUAUGGGCUCUUCCUCCAGCAGCCAGUACACAUUCUGUCAGCCAGAAACUGAAAGGUGGUGGGAGAAGCUGUGGAAGAUUCCUGAAUGCAUAAGGGGCUGGGAUGACCAGCUGAAACACCAUGUUCCUAGCCAACUGGCUUUCCAAGUUUUUCCAUCCCAGCCUAAGGAUGAUGAAUCAAGUAGUGAUGAAACUUGUAAUCAGCCCAGUCCUGCCUAUAGACGACGCCGUGGUAGGAAGAAGACAGUUUCUACUUCGGAAUCCGAGGAACGGGUACUUGCUGAACAAGAAAACGAACCUUCUAAGGAGUUGAGUAAACGCCAGUUCAGUAGUGGUCUCAAUAAGUGUGUUAUACUUGCUUUGGUGAUUGCUAUCAGCAUGGGAUUUGGACAUUUCUAUGGUAAACAUGAAGGCACAAUUCAGAUUCAGAAGCGUCAACAGUUAGUCAAAAAGAUACAUGAAGAUGAAUUGAAUGAUAUGAAGGAUUAUCUUUCUCUGUGUCAACAGGAACAAGAAUCCUUUAUAGAUUCUAAGUCAUUGAAAGAAAACCUUGCAAGCUGUCGGGCCCUUACUGAAACAGAAAAGAUUUCUUUUGAAACUCAGAAAAACAAUCUUGCUACAGAAAAUCACUAUCUAAGACAAACUCUGGAGGUGGAAGAGAAAGCUGUAUCUACAUUACAGGAGGAGCUAAGGAAGCUAAGGGAACAGAUAAGAAUACUGGAAGAUGACAGGACAAGUACUGAGCUCAUCACGGAAAAUCAGAAACUUAAGCAACAUUUGGAAGAGGAAAAACAGAAGACACACAACUUCCUUAAUCAAAGGGACACUCUGUUGGCAGAAGCAAGGAUGCUAAAGAUGGAACUAGAGAGAGAACGAGUAAUAGCAGUGGCUUUAAAGACUGAACUUCAGCGGUUAAGCACUAGUCAGUCACAGGACGACUCAGAUUCUCCCAAUGUAGUGGCUGAGAAAAGGGAAAUAGUGGUCUUACGGGAAAGACUCACUGAGAUGGAGCAGAGGUUGAACUUUGAACAGCAGCGCUCUGAUUUGUGGGAAAGACUAUAUGUUGAGGCAAAAGAACAAAAUGGGAAGCAAGAAACUGAUGGGAAAAAGAAAGGGAGCAGAGGAAGCCACAAGGCAAAGAAUAAGUCAAAGGAAACAUUUUUGGGAACGGUUAAGGAAACAUUUGAUGCCAUGAAGAAUUCUACUAAGGAGUUUGUGAGGCAUCACAAAGAAAAAAUUAAGCAGGCUAAGGAAGCUGUGAAGGAAAAUCUGAAAAAGUUCUCAGAUUCAGUUAAAUCCACUUUCCGACAUUUCAAAGAUACCACCAAGAAUAUCUUUGAUGAAAAGGGCAAUAAAAGAUUUGGUCCUGCAAAAGAAGCAGCAGCUGAGAAACCAAAAACAGUUUUUAGUGACUAUUUGCACCCACAAUAUAAGGUGCCUACCCAAAAUCAGGACCGCAGAGGCCCAAAUAUGCAAAAAGACGGAAGGAAGGAAAAGCCAAUUCACUUUGAAGAACAUAGAAAAAAUAUAAAUUCACAGAAGUGUAGUGUUGAGCAUGGCCAUAGGGAAAACCAUCAUUCUUUCAGAAAAGGUUAUUCGCUUGCAUUUGAAUGUGCUCAACAAAAAGCCAUUAACCUUCUUAAUGUAGCCAAUCCCAUAAGGAUAGAUGAAUUCAGACGAAUAAUUGAAAGGUACUUAUUAAAAGAACUGAGUGCUUUUCAUCAUUGGAAAGAACUUGACCAAUUCAUCAAUAAGUUUUUCCUAAAUGGUGUCUUUAGACAUGAUCAGAAGCUCUUCACAGACUUUGUUAAUGAUGUGAAAGAUUAUCUUACCGACAUGAAGGAGUAUCAAGUAGAUAAUGAUGGAGUGUUUGAGAAGUUGGAUGGAUAUAUAUAUAGACACAUUGAUCUCACUUUUUCCCCUUCAAAUGGACCCAGUCGACCUGAUAAAAAGCAACGUAUGGUAAAUAUUGAAAACUCCAGGCAUCGAAAACAAGAGCAGAAGCACCUUCAGCCACAGCCUUACAAAAGGGAAGGUAAAUGGCAUAAAUAUGGUCGCAUUAAUGGAAGACACAUGGCAAAUGUUGAGAUAGAAUUGGGGCAAUUACCUUUUGAUCCAAAAUACUGAUUUAUGCUUAAGUUAAAUUAGAAAAUUGAGACAGAUGGAUGCUUUCUACAAUGUUUGGUGUUGAAACUUAAGAUGAAAUUAUCAAAAGGAUCAGUUUGCUGGCUUUACACUACUCAGAAGCAUCAGUCAAAAGCUUACUAACCUGCAUUUUCUUGUAACUUACUUUGUUGAAUUUGGGGGGAGAGGAGUGGAAAAAACAGUUUUAUUAAGGAAGCCAGGCAUGUGACAGAUUUUGUGCAUGAAAUGAAAACUUCUUUGUGUAUGAGCUUAAAACAAGCCCAAAUGAUACAAGAUAAUGUGUAAUUAGCAGUGUUAGAUUUGCAGUAGAUCUUGAAAAAAGUAUGUUGUGAUGGAAUUUCAUCUUUAACGUUUUAAUCUUACACUUUUUAUCUUUUUGUGGGUUCAAGAGCCCGUUGACUUGUGAAGAAUUUGCUGCCUUCUUAAGAGCUUGCAGAUUUGUUCUCUUGUGAAAUUUCUUUCAAUCUGAAUAUUAUGGAAGAAACAAUAAAACUACACCAUGAGGAAAACGAAAGGUCUUUAUUUAAAAUCUGGCAUUGUAUUACUAUGUGGUGUUUUACUUUGUGGUAUUUUACACAAUUCCUCAGUAGUGGUAUUUGGUAAAGCAGUCCAUAACUAUUGCAAAUUCCAUGAAUCACACUUGGUGUUGACUAAAGUGUUUCAGCACUGUCUGAAUGUUUUCACCUGGUAAUACCAGUUUCUCUGCAGAAGUUCUAAACACAGUUCAGAAUCUCACCUUCU